AGCCGAAGUCUCACCCAUAGGCUUCCCUCCGUGUUGAAGAAAAAGGUGGAUACAGUAUGACUGUAGUCUGUAACCAAGGCAACAGUGCAUCUUGCGCUUCCCGCCAAGAGAUUUGGCUAACGCGCUUGCAGAGCUAACGUGGCAAGCUAAGUCCAGAGAAGAGAUCGAGGAGGAACUGGCCAAGGGGAAGCGGGUCCGAGACUCCUGAAGGAGUCAACGCCGCCUCCAUGGUCGCGCUCCGAGAAGGAGGAAGCCAAAACUAUAAGUCUGUCGAAGAUCCUGAACCACCAAGCCCAAAGGAGAUCUUACAAAAGUCUGGCUGUUUGAACAAGGUGGAACCAUCUGUAUCUCCAAAAGGAGAUGAGGUACAGCAUUGCCCUCGUCAGAUUCACUUGGGUGAAGGCGUUCGAGUGCGUAGAGAGGCCUGGUCAAGGAUACAAAACAACAUGCGGGAUUCCUUAUUUGUGAAGGAGUUGGCAGUGGCAAUCUGGGGAACUAAGGCUCUGUGGGAAAGAAGUCUCACAGGGAAGGAAUGCGCAACGACCAAAACAACCAAGCAGCGUUUAACCCCCCAGAAACUUCAGACAUUAAAAGUCUGCUUUAAGGAGUGGCUUGUCAAAAAGAAUGUGGAGGAGACAGAGUUGCAGGCCAAAUGGGGAAAGGCUGGACAGUACAUCACUGAAAAAAUUCAUUAACAUUAACAAACAAACAAAAAGUGCUCAAAAGAAAAUUUGAGCACUUAAGAUAAAUUGAUAAUUGAAAAGAUAAUUGUUGUGUAUGUGUUUUAUUGUAAUUUGCUUGUUGA